CUUGAUUUUCUCACAUAAUUGGAGCUUUGCGGGGCCAGGAACCGGAUCAAAUGUCAUAAUAGCUGCAAGUGCAGCAAGCAUUUUGCCAUUUUCCCAUUUCAUCUUUUUCUCAUCUUACCUCGCCUCAUCUCAAUUUCCUUUCACGAACAGAACAUCUUAUAUUCUCCACGAAAGUACUCAUCAAAAUGUCUGGACAGCAGAGCAAAGCAGGCCUCAUCGCCGAGAGACAAGCCAAUCUCCCACUCCCAGAAGACCCUCCUGUGGCCUCAGACUGGAACUCCGCCGAUGCUCGCACAGUCAAUGUUAUGGCCGGCGAACGACAAGAAGAGAUGUCGAUGGGUGAGGCUUCCUCGACUGGCUUGAGAGAGCCAGCUACGCAGGACAGUGGUGUGAGAGAGGAGGACGGUGCCGAUAUGAGCGGUGUUGGGAGACAAGGCAAAGAAGGGUUGAGUGGCCCGCCAAAGGAUGCCACUUCAAGAUAGAGGACAGUUGUGCUUGUGUAAAUGUACUGGUAAUUGGGGUGGUUUGGGUAUCCAAGCUGUGCUGUCCUUUCGAAUAACGGUUCCCAUUCCAGACUUCUACCUGCUCUUACCUACACAAGUUUAGACGCUUCGAGGAAACUCAUCUCUCACCUCACACCUCCUAGCCCUCCACACAUAAUUU